AUGGCCACCUACACCACCAUGGAAGGUCCUCAGCAUAUUGCUAUUCGAGAGCUUGAUCUGAGGACCUGCCACCCAAGCACAGUUGUCGAUAGAGUUGGUGCUGUUCCGGUUUUGAAGACCAGUGCUGCUUUCUUCACAUUCCUCCGCGCCAACCUUGUCCUCCACUCGGCAAUGACUUCAGCCACCAGUACCCCGCAAUUCGGUCCCUCUGUUCCCUUUUCCUCUUUUGUCCCGCCAUCUCCCUCUCCGCUUGCAGCCUCUACGCCAUACUUUGGUCUCGACAACGACGAUGACAUCGAGCCGUUGUCUCUUGAGGUCCUCGACAAGCCUCAAGACAAGGUUGAGGGCAUGCGCCUCGUCGCCGACUCGAUUGCCCAGAUGCGCCAAAGGGCCUCUUUGAACCUCGUUUUCCACCCGCUUUGUCUUGCUGGCCUAUCGGCAACCUUGGCUGCCAUUUAUCAUUUCGGCGGCGUUACUCGGGACUCAGGACUGGGUAUGACGGUUUCUUGCGGCGUGAUCAUGAGCUACCUUAUGGGUAUUCGUUACUUGGCCAACGGUUACAUUUCCUUGGCUGAGCGCUUGCGAUGGAACUGGCUACGUGCUGAUGACGGAGAGGAGGAUACCCUGCUGGCUGCUCGACUGAACCAAGACAUCAUCGGAACCCUCGUUCUUCGCCUUGAGCCCAACCCGACUUCUAACCACCACAGGCGCAGACGAUCUCUCUCUCUAAGAGGAGGCAAGGGUGUCAUUCGCGCGUGGACUACCAACCUCAACUACCGUGGAAAGGGUGUUGGAAAGGAUCUCCUCCAAGAGGCUGUCCGUGUUACCAAGGAACGUUGUGGAAAAGAUGCUGAAGUUGGAUUCGCUCAAGAGCAUGCCAAUAGCGCCAUGCUCCUUCCCGGCAUCUUCAACGCUCCCUUCCGACGUGAUGAGGUCCGAGCUACCAGGGCGUUGGAUGGUAUCUUGUCCAACUGGGACUUGGUUAAGAAGAGGAGGUACAUGAGUUGA